UGCAGAUGACAAACUACACCUCAUCAUUGAAAACUCCAUACUUGAGAAGUUAAAUCGUUUGUAUCAUAUAUUUGGUUGAAUUCGUUUAAAUAGCCAGAUUUUACCCAUCAAGAUGGUACUACCUUUAACUAGCCUGUUGAGGAUUACACAAUGCAUCUUCAUAUUUGCCAUCUCAGGUUCCCUGUCAGUGCCCUACUCAGUCACUCCAGCAGUUAUGAGCACCACCCCAACAAACAAAAUGGUAUUCCAGAUGGGCAUAAAGAUCACCAACCGGGUCUUCAAUGACUCCCUAUUGAAUCCCAAUUCUGAGGACUACAACAAAUUGUAUGGCGAGGUCAGCCAACUGCUUGCUGAUGCCUACAAGUCUCCUACAUCCGGAACAGCAUCCACUUAUGAGGGCGUUGCAACAAUGACUUUCAGAAAAGGAUCAGUGAUAGCAAACACUAUCAUAGUUUUCAACACAACGUUUAUCAAUGGAUUUGUGGUCAAGUUUGUUUUCCUGAGUCAUAUCAAAGCCAAUCCUUCUGCCCUUCUCCAGAUAAAUGCAAAUUCUAUUGAAUGUUCCCUGUCAGUGCCCUACUCAGUCACUCCAGCAGUUAUGAGCACCACCCCAACAAACAAAAUGGUAUUCCAGAUGGGCAUAAAGAUCACCAACCGGGUCUUCAAUGACUCCUUAUUGAAUCCCAAUUCCGAGGACUACAAGAAAAUGUAUGACGAGGUCAGCCAACUGCUUGCUGAUGUUUACAAGUCUCCUACAUCCGGAACAGCAUCCACUUAUGAGGGUGUUGCAACAAUGACUUUCAGAAAUGGAUCAGUGAUCGCAAACGCUGACAUAGUUUUCAACACAAAUAAUAUCAAUGGAUUUGUGGUCAAGUUUGAAUUCCUGAAUCAUAUCGAUGCCAAUCCUUCUGCCUCUCUCCAGAUAGAUACAAAUUAUAUUGAAUGAUGACCCACGGAAGAAGAAAAAACAGGCAAACUCUUGUCUGCAGAACAAGAUCUGACAAAGAUGAGCUACAAGCAAAACCAAGUCACAGCCUCUGUAGAUACUGUAUUGUUUGUCAGGAAUUUAGCAUGUUAUAUUGGAUGAAAAUGAUUGGAAUGAGUGAUUUCAUACAUUUGUAUUUAUUCCACAAAUUUUGUGCAUAAAUUUUGGGCAACCUUGCUAGUAUUUUUGAACUGUAUCUGAUGUCGUCAUAUUUGACCCUGUUAUGAACCACCCUGUUUUGCGUUGCAUCAUGUUCAACUGCUCAAUUGUAUAAUGCUAAAGAUGAAUGUUAAAUAAAAUAAUAAAAUCAAAGAGUUCCUUAA